AUGUCCUUUCUGGAGCCCGCGCACGCGACGGACGCGCACCCGCAGCCGCGCGCAGCGGAAGAGCGACCGGGAACGCUUUUCGGUAAGUCGGAUGACGUGGCAGGACUCACAGACGAAACGAGAGGGGGCGGUGAUGCGGUCGCUGCGGUUGACGGGACGGAAUCAGAAAAAGCGGCUUCCAGUGAAACUGGGAAGCAAAAAUCAGAAUUGCUGGCGGAGAGUCGCGAAGCGGAUGGGGAAGGAGAGAGCGCGGGUGGGGAGGGACAGGGUCAAAACGAGGGUUCUUCCAGGCAUGGGUUAGCACGAGGUGAGGAUGGCCGUGGGAGACCGGGAGGGCACGCGCAGGUGGCGGCAGGCGGAGCCGCGGAAGGGGGCAGCGGGGAUCGCCCAGCGGCGAGUUCUUCUGCGGGUGCCAGCGAGGCGGUGAGGGGAGGGGGAAGCGAGGAGGAGGAGGAGGAAGAGGAGGAUCGGGAGAGCAGCCGACGGGAAGUGGCGUCGUUGCGGCGGCAGUUGGCGCAGCAGCGCGAGGUGAGCGCUGUUAGGGAGACAGCGCUCGUGGAGGAGCUGACGUGGAUGAAGGGCGAACUGACACGGCUGCAGGCGGCAGCGCGGGAGGCGGAGAAGGGGAGGGAGGAAGCGGAGAGGCGGAGAGCGGAGGAGGAGCGGAGGCGAGACGAGGAGGCGCAGAAGCUGAGCGCGGAGAGCGGGGCGCGGGAGAAAGCGCGGCGGAAGGCGGAGGGGGAGGUGGAGCGGCUGCAGGUGCUGUGCGCGCAGCUGCAGGCGUCGCUGGCGGAGGCGGCGGAGGGGCGCGAGGCGGACGCGAAGGCGCGCGAGCAGAUGGCGCGGAGGGUGGAGCGGAUGGAGGACGAACUGGAGGCGGAGCGCGUGAAGGCGCGCAGCCUGCAGGCGGAGAUGGCGGACGUGGAGGCGGGCGCGGACGAGGAGAUGGGGGAGCUGGAGGAGCGCGUGGGCGCGCUGGAGGCGCGCGUGGCGGAGCUGGAGGGGGAGAAGAAGGGCAUGGUGCGGGCGGCGGAGGAGGAGAGGCGCGAGUGGCGGAGGAAGGUGGAGGCCGCGGAGGCCAUGGCGAGUGCUGCUGCUGCCGCGCACAAGAAGGACCUUGAGGCAGUGGAGAGGAAGCGGGAUGCGGCACAGCAGCAGGUGCAGAAGCUGAGGGAGGAGGUGGCGGGGGCGAACAAGGCGCUGGCGGAGGCGAGGGAGGCGGUGAGGGCGAGUGAGGCGGAGAGGGCGGAGCUGGAGGAGGUGGCGGGGGAGAGAGAAGCCGGCAUGGAGGCUGCCCGCAUUCAGCUCGCGCACCUGCAGGCCGAGUUGGAGGUGGCGCGGAGGGAGGCAGCGGAGGGGGGCGUGAAGGUAGCAGAGGCGAUGGCGGAGGUGUAUGCAGCGAGGAAGGAGGCGCGCGCACGGGGCGUGCACGCAGAGGAGACCCAGCAGCUCGAGGCCAAGCUCUCUGCCGCCACCGCUGCUGCUGCCAGCGCAGCUGCAGAGGCGGAGGAACUGAAGGGGAAGGUGGCGGCGGGGGAGAGAGAGGUGAAGGAGGUGCGGCGUGGGCUCGCUGCUGUGGAGGCUGAGCUGGCGCUGGCCAAUCAGAGAGCGGCGGAGGCGGAGCAGCAGGCCGAGGAGGCGAAGAGGCAGCGCGCGCAGGCGGAGGGCACGAGUGAGCAGCUGAGGGAGGAGACGGAGCGGCGUGCAAAGUUGUUCAACGCCGCUGUCAAGGCUGCUGUCAGCCGGAUACAGUCGGAGUUGGAGGAGGAGCGGGAUGAGGCGUUAUCCGCAGCAGGUGCAGCAGCAGCUGGAGACGAUGGAGCAGAUGAGACAAGACAUGCGAGCUCUGGAGACGCCUGCUUGUCUUUGCACCUACCGCUGCUCGCCAUUCAAUGCAAUCCCCUUACCCUCCCGCCCCAACCCCCUGCGUGGCAGCUGGCAGAGGCUGAGGCGAGGAGGGCGGAGGCAGAGGCAGCGGUGGGGGCGAGGGAGAAGGAGGUGGAGGCACUGCGGCAGCAGGUGGCAGAGGUGCAGCGCGAGAACACUUCGCUCAAGGUGGCAGCACUGGAGGCGUCCAACAGGGCGGGGGAGGAGGAGCGGCGGCUGCAGAGGAGGGUGAGCGAGCUGGAGCAGCAGGUGGCCUCUGCUGCUUCCCGCGCUUCCAAGGCGGAGGAAGCUUCUGAGAAGGAAGGGCUCAGGAGAGGGAGCGGUGAUGGUGCGGGGAGCAGUGGGAGCAGCACGGCAGUGGCAUCGUCGGCCAAGGCGCGGGCGGGUGGGGGUGGGGGUGGGGGAGCGGGGUGGAGCAACCCGUUGGAGGGGCUGGGGCUGGAGGCGGUGCGGUGGAAGGAUAAGCUCAAGGCGGAGAGCGAGGGCGACGUGGAGGCCGGGCCAUCAUCCGCUGACAGAUUACGCAAGUCUCGCCUUGCACAUUCAAGCCAGAAUCUGGCUGCCACGUCAGCAGGCACACUGGCCUCACUGGUUGGCUCGGCCCGCCGCCUUUUCAUUGACGAUGAUCGCCUGUCUGCUGCGCCGGGGAGAGUGUCUCGCCGCACCUUCCUUCUACUUGCUUAUGUCUUCCUCCUCCAUCUAAUGGUUAUGGUCUCCUUCACACAUCACUCAGCUCCAAAGUGUUCGGAUCAUCUUCUCGCCUCUUCCCACCUCUUCUCAAACCACCCCGCCGUUCCCCGCCUCGCUCCGAUGCGCUGUUCGCCACGCAACGCAACCCCUUCUUUUACUGGCACCUUUACCGCGACACGCAAGACCACCACUGCAGCCAUGGCGGACCUCCCGCCUCACCCCUCGCGACCGCCUCGCACGCCGCGGACUCCGACGCUUCGCAGCAUCCCGACGUUGCGACGCGGGAUGAGCAAGCGGGACUGGGAGCUAGAACAUGACGACAAGGAGCGGCGGCGGCGCGAGCGGAAGGAGCAGAAGCUGGAGCGACAACUGCACGACCUGGAAUCGGAGGACGAUGCGGAGCGCAGCGAGGAUGAACCCGGUCACCACCACCGGCGGCUGCGGCCGAAAGUGCCGAUGCUGAAAAAGUUCAAGCAGACGAUGAAGAAGAAGAAGUACCAGAAGCUUCUGGAGAAGCUUCAGGAGAUUCAGGACGAGCGGACGGAGGAGGAGCUGGCGAAGGUGGGCGAGCUGCGGAAGAUCCUGGCGGAGAAGAACCUGCUGCCGCCCAGAUUCAACGAGCACCACAUGCUGCUCAGGUUUCUGAAGGCGCGCAAGUUCGACAUGGAGAAGACGACGGAGAUGUGGGCCAACAUGCUCAAGUGGCGCGAGGAGUUCGGCGUCGAUGAAUGCCUCAAGUUCGAGUUCCCGGAGCUGGCGGAGGUGAAGCGCGUGUACCCGCACGGGCACCACGGCGUGGACCGCGAGGGCCGCCCCGUCUACAUCGAACUCAUUGGCCGUGUUGACGCCACCAAGGUGUUGGGAAUAACAACGAUGGAGCGGUUCCUUAAGUACCACGUGAAGGAGUUUGAGCGCACGUUCGCACUCAAGUUCCCCGCGUGCUCGCUCGCUGCCAAGCGCCACAUCGACCAGACCACCUCCAUCCUCGACGUCGCUGAAAUGGGCAUGAAGAACUUCUCAGCAGAUGCGAGGAACUUUCUGGCCAUGGUGUCGAAAGUAGAUGGCGAUAACUACCCUGAGACGUUGAACCGGCUGUUUGUGGUGAAUGCGGGGUUUGCGUUCCGAUCGCUGUGGUCGGGCAUCAAGGGCAUGCUCGACCCCAAAACCGCCUCCAAGAUCCAGGUGCUAGGCACGGACUACAAGAAGAAGCUCUUUGAAGCCAUCGACCCCAGUCAGCUGCCGGAGUUCUUUGGCGGCACGUGCAAGUGUGAGGGCGUGGAGGGCGGCUGCCUGAUGUCGGACAAGGGCCCGUGGCGCGACGGGGACAUCCUCAGGGUCGUGCGUCUGCAGCGCACGGGCACCAUCAGCGGCGGCGACAACACCGAGGACGUGCUGCGAGGGGGGCGCAUCCGCUGGCAGUCGGGCCAGUUCAAGCUGGACGCGGAGGACAUAGGAGACACGGGCAGUGAGGUGUCGGAUCUGGACGACCUGGGCACGCCGUCCUUCAGCGGACUCACCACGCCCAACUUCAACCUGGGCCAACACGACCUGCACAACCUCGACCUCCGCCUGAACUCGCUCAACUCGAGCCGAUUCUUCAACGACCCCACCACCACCACGCCCUCCUCAGCCUCCGCCUCGCUCACCCACGCCGCCUCCGCACGCCGCUCCGCCAGCAUGCAGCGCCGCGCCCCCACCUCCACCCACCGCACCGCAGGGCCCUCCCUCUCAGGGUCCGCCACAUCCAGUGAGGACGAGCGCGAGGUGUCCCGCACGGGGUCCGUGGCCUCGGCUGCAUCGGAUGACCGCAGUGGGGAGCUGAGCUCCACGGGCAUGAGUGCGGGUUUGGUGAAGCGGCUGAGUGGGGGCGCGGGGGAGGUGGCAUCUGGGGCGGGGAGUGCGAGUGGCCGGGUCAGUGUGAGUGGCACGCCGGGAUCAGCUGUGUCGGCGUUGAGAUCCGGCAGCCGCGGGAAGCACAUCUCCACCCCACCAUCCAGAAACUAUGGCACAUCAGCAUCGGCAUCAGGUGGAGCAGCCCUGGCAGGCGUGUCCAUGAUGGCGCCCUCCUCCUCCCCCGCGCCCGACUCACUGGCAGCAGCGACAGGGCUGGUCUCACUGCUCAUGUCCUUCUUCUCAGCCGUCGCCAACCUGCCGCUGCUCUUCUCCCGCAUCGUCAUCACCGUCACGCCGCCCACCCACCGCCUGGAGGGCGGCGGCGGGGCGGCAGGGGGGGCGAUGGCGCCGCCCGGGGAGCAGGCGAUGCUGACGCCGGAGCAGCUGCUGCGGCGCGUGCAGGAGCUCGAGAGCCAGGUGCAGCGUCUGCUCGCGCAGAGGGGCGGGGGCGCGGGGGCUGAGCCUGAGAGGGGGCUCCCAGGCGCGAGCCAGGUGGAGAAGCUGGCAUCAGGUCCAUCCACGCCAGCCCUGGCCGCGCGGGCAGAGCCGCCUCCCUCGGACUGGCCGCAGCCAGCAGUGGAGCGCGUCACGGCACUGGAGUCAGAACUCGCCACCACCAAGAAGAUGCUGAAGGAGCUGUUGGACAGCCAGGAGCAGCUGAGAGUGCUCAUCGAACAGCUGCAACUACGCAAGCAACGGAGAUUCGGCGGGUGUUUUGGUUGA